AUGGCGGCGGUCUCCUCCGCACAUAUUCCGGAUCGAAUCAAGAUACAAGACCACAGCGAUGAUGAACAGGAACCAUUCUCGCCACGAGAACCCACUCCAGACUGUGUAGACGACGAACAACGGCAGAUACACACAUCUCCCUUCAGUAUACACAAUGUUCUUAAGAAGGAACGAGAUAGCCACAGUCCAGAGAACGUUUUCUCUACAGACAAACUUUUACAGAACACACCUAAUUAUGAAGAUAGUCAAACGUCGAGGAAUUCUGAAAGCGUGAGCCCGCGAUUGGAUGACGAGAACGGAACUGAAAUCAGCGUUGAUGACAAUUCCUGUUGUAGUGACGACACAGUCCUAUCAGUCGGCAAUGAAGCUCCAAUAAACUACGAUAGAACAGACAACCAAGGUCUUACGUCAUUUAAACAUAUACAAACUCAUCUGAACGCUAUAUCGCAACUUAGUCAGAAUUUAGUCAACCAACCGAUGCUCUUGCGACCGAAUCCAAUCACACCGAAUCCUUUAAUGUUUUUGAACCAACCGCUACUCUUUCAAAACCCAUUAAUGAACCAGGAGCUAAAACCAAGGAUGCCAUAUAACCCUCAGCUGAACUACACGAGGAGAGACACGCAAAACGAAAACAGGCGGCAGAAUUUCAUACCGAAAUCACCAGAGGAAUCCGAAAGGGAUUUCAUUAAUCAGAACUGUUUAAAGUUUAGCAUAGAUAACAUAUUGAAAGCGGAUUUUGGGAGACGAAUCACAGAUCCGUUGAAUAAGAGAAAGAGUCUGAAGGCCAGGAUUGAGGGGAAGAAGGAAGUUCCUAUUGUGCAAAAGCCAGAUGAAGCUAGAGUUCCAGAAGUUAAGCCUAGUGAUAAGGGUGCGAUAGACUUAUCUAAGUCAGAUGAUAAUAGUAAUCCAGCGUCAAGUGGGGGUACGACGAGUAGCGAAGGUCCUAUGGUGUGGCCAGCUUGGGUUUACUGCACCAGGUAUAGCGACAGACCGAGUUCGGGUCCUCGAACAAGGAAACCUAAAAAGCCACCUGGAGACACCAAUAACGAUGAGAAAAGGCCAAGAACCGCUUUCUCUGGACCUCAGCUUGCUAGACUUAAGCACGAGUUCGCGGAGAACCGCUACCUGACCGAGCGACGACGGCAGGCCCUCGCCGCAGAGCUUGGUCUGGCGGAGGCCCAGAUCAAGAUCUGGUUCCAGAACAAGCGGGCCAAGAUCAAGAAGGCUUCGGGGCAGCGGAACCCGCUAGCGCUGCAGCUCAUGGCUCAAGGCCUCUACAAUCAUAGCACAAUCCCGCUCACUAAAGAAGAAGAAGAACUGGAAAUGAAGGCGAGAGAAAGAGAACAACAGGCUAGACAUUAG